GAAACAUCUUUGCAAAGGGUUGAAGUGUCUUCCUGAACUGUCAAUUUAUUAAUGAAGCAUGGCUUGUGUUGAACAAGACAAGCUGGGACAAGCAUUUGAGGAUGCUUUUGAGGUACUGAGGCAACAUUCAACUGGAGAUCUUCAGUACCCCCCAGAUUACAAAAAUUACCUGGCCUUCAUCAACCACUGUCAUGUCAGAGGGAAUUCCAGCUGCUGUGCUGUGCUGCCGGUAGAGGAACCUGUCUAUAACUGGAGAACAGUAAUAAACAGUGCUGCAGACCUCUAUUUUGAAGGAAAUAUUCAUCAAUCUCUGCAGAACAUCCCUGAAAACCAGCUAGUACAACCUGCUGUUCUCCAGCAAAAGGGAGGAAAAGGCAGGAAGAAGCUCCGACUGUUUGAAUAUCUUCAUGAAUCCUUGUAUAAUCCUGAGAUGGCAUCUUGUAUUCAGUGGGUAGAUAAAAACAGAGGCAUCUUUCAGUUCAUAUCAAAAAACAAAGAAAAACUUGCCCAACUUUGGGGAAAAAGAAAAGGCAACCGGAAGACGAUGACUUACCAGAAAAUGGCCAGAGCACUGAGGAAUUAUGGAAGAACUGGGGAAAUCACCAAAAUCCGGAGAAAGCUAACUUACCAAUUCAGUGAGGUCAUUCUCCAAAGACUCUCUCCAUCUUAUUUCUUGGAAAAAGAGAUCUUCUACUCACAGUAUGUUCAACCUGAUCAAGGAUAUCUCAGUUUAAAUAACUGGAAUGCAAAUUAUAAUUAUACAUAUGCCAAUUACCCUGAGCUAAGUCACCCUGAUUGCUAAAUAUACUCUUACAUUUCAUGAUUUCCUGGCAUCGGAAAUCCCUACAAAUUCCGGGAUUUUUUUUCUUAAAGCAAAUACUGAAGAGAAAAAAACCAGUUAACUUCAUUGUUGCUAUCUUUUAUUAAAUAGCAUAAUUUACACUAACUUGGUGAGAUAUUCUGCCAGUGAAAAAUGAUCAAGUCCCUUUUGAAAGUAUAGACUAAGUGUCUUCACUCUUGCUGUUGUCUAUGCAAUACUUUCUUCUAGAUUAACAAUGCCAGUAGAG